AUGGGGGCCCCCGGCUUGCUCUUUGUAUCUCAGCCCCUAGUGUUCCUCAAUAUGACUGCUUCCUUUCAGGCUUCCCCCACAUUCUUUUCUUCAUCUUGCAGGUUCAUCUACGAGCUGGAGCACUUCAAUGGUGUGGCUGAGCUACUGGAGAUCUUAGGAAGCAUCAUCAAUGGCUUUGCAUUGCCCCUGAAGACUGAGCACAAGCAGUUCCUGGUUCGUGUCCUCAUCCCCUUGCAUUCCGUCAAGUCGCUGUCUGUCUUUCAUGCCCAGCUGGCAUACUGUGUGGUACAGUUCCUGGAGAAGGAUGCCACCCUGACAGAGCAUGUGAUCCGGGGACUGCUCAAAUAUUGGCCCAAAACCUGCACCCAGAAGGAGGUGAUGUUCCUGGGCGAGAUGGAAGAGAUUCUGGAUGUCAUUGAGCCCUCUCAGUUUGUGAAGAUCCAGGAGCCCCUCUUCAAGCAGGUGGCUCGCUGUGUCUCCAGUCCCCAUUUCCAGGUUGCAGAGCGGGCUCUGUAUUUCUGGAAUAACGAGUACAUCCUGAGCCUCAUUGAGGACAACUGCCACACUGUGCUGCCUGCUGUGUUUGGGACCCUCUACCAAGUCUCCAAGGAGCACUGGAAUCAAACCAUCGUGUCUCUGAUUUACAAUGUGCUCAAGACCUUCAUGGAGAUGAAUGGGAAACUGUUCGAUGAGCUCACGGCCUCCUACAAGCUGGAGAAGCAGCAGGAGCAGCAGAAGGCCCGGGAGCGCCAAGAGCUAUGGCAAGGCUUGGAGGAGCUGCGGCUACGCCGGCUACAGGGGACCCAGGAAGCCAGGGAUGCCUCCCUCCCACGGCUAGCACCCCAGGUGGCCACCAGUGGGGGUCAGAGCUAGAGAGCCCCCCGGAAGGGGAGAAGCAAAGCCCAGAGCCAUCAGUCCCUCUAUUCCAUCUCCUGGCCAGGGUCCAGAGGGACACCUGCCUCCCCCUGGCCUUGCCAGAAUGGCUCUGAGGACGCCCUGCAGGCCCGCGUGGGCAGCUUUCAUUGGGGGAGAAGAGAAGGCAAGAUGGUGGUCUCAGCAGCGGACCUUGCAGGCCCUGUGGCAAGACUUAAGCAGGGCGGCUUGACUGGGAAGCCAUCAGCACUCUUUCCCAGCCUGCAGCACUGGGCUCUGCAGGCAGGAUCCCACCCCGGUCCCUGCUGGAGCAAGGGUCCUCAGGACCUGGCCUGCCCCUGCCUGGGACUGAAGCCAGGUCCUUCCUCACCCCUACCGUGGGGCCCAUGGUCUAUUUAUUCUGCCCCGCUCACCCUCAGCAAGACACUGUCCUGGCCCUGGGGCACCUUCUUCCCUCCUCUCCCUUGCCCUGAACUUCCUUAUCCCCUUUUUAUUUAUUGGGCAGGGGGAGGGGUGAGGGCACAGGCAAGAAGAGGUGGACAAUGUCCUAGGGUCAGGGGUCACAGGAAUCAUGGUCUAUCUCCCUCCUCUGGUUGGGGGACAGACUUAAUAAAGAGAGA